GCUUGAUAAAAAGAUUUUAAAGGCUUGGGUUAUAGCUGGUAUUUCAUUUAAUAUAAUCAAAAAUCCAUUUGUUUUAGAUCUAUUUAAAGAUCUAAGACCUGGUUAUUCUCCACCAUUAUGA